UCUUCAAAUAGUGUGAUAAGAAUUUUAACUCAAACUUAUGGCUAAUUUUUCACAACUUGUAUUUUUAGAGAUUGAUAAAAACAUAAAUCAAAAUUUCUUAGAGUAGUUCCAAAAAUGUCUUAGUUGAAAUGGGUACUAAAGAUGCUGCCACGCAAACAUUCAGGAGAAAGCGAGCCCCACCUCCUUUAAAAGCACCAGAAAGUCCCAACCGAAGUGUACAAAUAAACUCAGGUUCAUUUUUUCCCUUGCCUGAAGAUAAAACUAUAUAUAAUUGUUCCUUUGAGAUAUUUGGCAUUGUCCAAGGCGUUUCUUUUCGCAUGUACACAUUAAGAAAGGCAACUAAACUAGGAGUUUUUGGUUGGUGUAAAAAUACAUUAGAUGAUACAGUAAAAGGAGAAAUUGAAGGCUAUGCUCGCCCGUUUGAUGCUAUGCGCCUCUGGCUACAGUAUUCUGGCAGUCCAACUAGUCGAAUUGAUAAAUGCAUAUUUGGUGAAACCAAGAAACUAACCAAAUUUACUUAUCAAGAUUUUACUAUACGAAUGGAUUAAGUAAUUAAAAAAUAAAAAUUUCAAAUCACGUAGCCAUCA